AUAUUGCAGGUUUCAGUGGCUGCCCAGCUGAUCCAUUUGCUCUGUGGUCUGGGAAUAAAGAAGUGUCACAGAUCAUGGCUCCCUGGCCUGAGGUGGAAAAGCCUGAAACCAAUAACUAUAUUGGGGACUCUUCCAAACAAAACCAGAACAUGGCUGGGAAAGAAGGAGAGAAUCAUAAAGGCAACGUGGCUUCACUUGGAAAUAAAGGGGAAAUUCAACCUGCAUUUUCCACAAUAGCCUUGAUAGAUGAGACCAGGCAAGAAGAAGAAGACCCAUGGGCUCUGCCAGAACUGCAGGAUACUGGGAUCAAGUGGUCAGAACUGGAUAGAAAAGGAAAAAUCAUUCGUGUACUCUAUGGGAUAGGGAAGUUUAUUAUGCUACUUGGAUUGCUCUACAUGUUUGUGUGUUCUCUGGAUGUACUGAGCUCUGCUUUUCAACUAGUAGGAGGUAAAGCAGCAGGGGACAUCUUUCAAGAUGAUUCAGUGCUGUCUAAUCCUGUUGCGGGGUUGGUGAUUGGCGUUCUGGUGACUGUUAUGGUCCAGAGCUCCAGCACUUCUUCAUCCAUUGUGGUCAGCAUGGUGUCCUCCACACUGCUGACUGUUCAAUCAGCUAUUCCUAUCAUAAUGGGGGCAAACAUUGGCACCUCAGUUACAAAUACAAUUGUGGCACUCAUGCAAGCCGGGGACAGGAAUGAAUUUAGAAGGGCCUUUGCUGGGGCAACAAUCCAUGAUUUCUUUAACUGGCUCGCUGUGUUUGCACUGUUGCCCAUUGAAGUUAUUUCUGGCUAUCUUUACCAUCUCACCAAUGUUAUAGUUGAGUCUUUCCAUCUUGAAAGUGGUGAGGAUGCCCCUGAGCUACUAAAAGUUAUCACAGACCCUUUUACAAAGCUCAUAAUUGAGCUUGAUAAAUCAGUAAUAAAUGCAAUUGCUACAAAUGAUGAAUCAGCAAAAAACAAAAGCCUGGUAAAGACUUGGUGUGUUACUGAAACCAAUGUGACACUGCAGAAUGUCACAAUUCCACCAUCGGAAAACUGCACAUCUCCUGACUUUUGCUGGACUGAAGGAAAUGUGACAUGGACCAUCAAGAAUGUAACUGAAACAGAGUAUAUCAGUAAAUGUCGGCAUCUCUUUGCAGAAGCAGACCUGCCUGAUCUUGCCAUUGGUCUCAUCCUUCUGGCUUUGUCCCUGCUUGUUCUGUGUUCCUGUUUGGUGAUGAUCGUUAAGCUAUUAAACUCUGUGCUUAAAGGACAAGUGGCAAGUGUUAUCAAGAAGACAAUCAACACUGAUUUCCCAUUUCCUUUUACUUGGCUAGCUGGAUACCUGGCUAUGCUUGCAGGGGCUGGUAUGACCUUCGUUGUCCAAAGUAGUUCUGUUUUCACAUCUGCUAUUACACCUCUUGUUGGCAUUGGUGUUAUAAGCAUUGAGCGCUCUUAUCCCCUCACCUUAGGAGCUAACAUUGGCACAACUACAACAGCUAUACUUGCUGCUUUAGCAAGUCCAGGAAGUACAUUAAAAUAUUCAUUACAGAUUGCCUUGUGCCACUUUUUCUUCAAUGUCUCUGGGAUUAUUCUGUUUUACCCGCUACCUGCGACCCGGCUGCCAAUCCGCAUGUCCAAGACCUUGGGAAACGUAACAGCCAAGUACCGAUGGUUUGCUAUAUUUUAUCUUCUCGUCUGCUUCUUUCUUUUGCCUUUGUUUGUAUUUGGUCUGUCAUUGGCAGGCUGGGCAGUCCUUUUGGGUGUUUGUCUUCCCCUGAGUGCUCUUUUUAUUGCUGUGAUUGUAAUUAAUAUUAUGCAGAAAAGGAAACCACAUUCAUUGCCUGAAAAGCUCCAAAACUGGGAUUUCCUACCCACCUGGCUGCACUCCUUAGAGCCCUGGGACAAUAUCAUUAUGUCUUCACUCGCCUUUUGUGGGAAACACUGCUGUGGCUUCUGCAAGUGUUGUAAAGUCAAUACAGAACAGGAGGGUGCCAAAGACAAGCAACUGAAAACUAUGGAGGUUUACGAAAACACCAUUGUGAUGGCUGAUGAAGAAAGAGGUGGAAGAAGGGCACCAGCAACAGCUUGUGUUGAAAAAACAGGCACAAACAACACAGCCUUAUAGGAGUGUAUCAGCCUGUACUAGCAGGGAUACAGCAUAGGACAGUCAGGCUCUUGAAAACCACCUUGGACAAUGCACUGAGGACAGAGUGAACAUUUUGUUAGGUUCCUGCAGCCAGUGAUACAUCACUCGUCAAGGAAUGGAGUCAAACAAGCUUGACAGAGUCCCUAGACUAUCUAUGAUCAGUUGAAAAGCUAAUGACAGAUUUGCUUACAGAGGAUCUACUAUGCAGUAACUUCAUCCAAUGCUAUCAGUAGCAAACAAAAGAAAUCUUGAUGUAGUCCCAUGAAAAGAGGGAUGAAAAGAGUUGUGAUCAAUCCAAACUUAAUUGAACAAACAAACAAUGCACUUGUAGAACAGCCCUUAUGACCUACUGGUGUAUUCAGCAAAAGUUGCUUUAUAAUAUCUAAAAAGCUCUGGAAAUUAAAAGAAAACAGGGAGAAUUCUAAUGUUGUUAUUGGCCUGUUUGCAGUGGUCAAAAAGGAAAACAGUCAUUUUCCCAGGAUGGAGAAAAUGUGUUCCAUGUGUGUGAAGGAAAAGGAAAUGCUGGGAAAUCCUUCAGAAGCUCUGGGAGUCUUACUCUGGCAUGAGGGUGUCCAUAAGCCCAUUUUGAGCCCUCUCUGCUUCCUUUAACACUGGGUGCAGGAGUUAUAAUCUUUUAUUAUCUCAGACUUAAUGCCAUGAAAGUAAUUGCUCACCCCUCUGCCUGAUGAAGGUUAAGCACUGGGUUUGGAGACAACUAGAUGGCUACCAAGGGGCUUGAUGGACUCAGGAAGUGGUUGUGUGGCCAUUGUUCUUUCUAGGUGGUCCUAUCCUACAAUGUAAACCCACAAUCUGAGGAAUGGUGUAGGGAGAAGGACAAGUGGCCUAUCUGGGGGAGGAGACAGCCACCCAAGCCUGAGCUUAGGUGGGGAGAUCCAUGUGCAACUGUGGCUCCCUUUUGCUGAGCCACAAAAUGAUAUUUCAGAGUAGCAGUGGAAACUGGCUUUCGAGCUAUGAAAGAAGGAACCUGGAGAGCAGAUUAUGGCACAGGACAUGUGGUAAUCCUCACUGGAGAGAAAGCAGUGUUCACUCUGCACUAUCAGUUUGUGCUCUGAACCACCCUCCUUGAUAAUAAUGUGAAUUUCACUGGCAAUUGUAUGUAGCAAUCCAAAUCCCAAGUAAGUAAGUUGUGUAGUCACUACUAUGUGUAGUCAACCCAGAGGUAGUGUAGCACUUGGUGGGAACUUGCUUGUGCUCAAAUAGUACUGUUACUGGUAUUUUAGUAAAUGCUUGUGAGCCUAUUUGAAUCAUGGGCUGACAAAAGGCACAAUUUCAAUGCCAGAAAAGAGCAUUUCAAAGAUGUACUGGGUACUUCUGCUGGCCAAGAUGUCAGGGACUAUGGGAUAAUAGCUGAAGUCCAACCACUAAUGUUAAAAGGUGUUAAAAGGUGGCUGAGUGUAGGCCAAGUGUCCCUUAAAACCAGUUUAUGUCUCUGAGUUGUAGAUUAAAUUUGUAAUGGAAAUGCUGAGAAGACCCCUAUAACACUCAGUGCUGCUAGAACACAUCUACUUUUGAGUAGUUGUUUCUUUUCUGCAGAGCUCUGGGAUUCAGUAGGCUGAAUUUGGCUAUCAGGUAAAUACAUAUAUUUUAGAAGAGAAAAUAGUUUUAAUUGACUUUUUUUAACCUGACAUCCAGAUUGGCAAACUAUGUUGCUGAAAAGGUGUUUGCAAAUUGCAUUCAGACUGAAGAUCUAACUGUUUCUGUAACUGUGAGCCAGUGACAAAAUGCUUAGAAUCAGAGUGAGUUUCCAAAAGCAUCUAGUUCUGGUGUAGUUCUGCUCUUUUGGGGUUUAGUAGCAGAGAGCAGAAUUAUGCCAAACUAUUAUUUUAGAAAUUAUUUUCUUUGUCCCUCAUUGUGUUGAAGCAGAAUUUUGUCAGCAUCUCAUUUUUAAAUUGGAGUUUUUAUAUCUUCAAUAAUUAUUCUUUAUUUUAUUUUCACAAUUCUGGAUGAUUUCAGAACGAUUUCUUUAAAUCCCAGUGUGCAUUUCCCAUACUCUGUUUCUUUGGGGAAAAUAUGACAAAAAUAUCCAGAAUUCUUUCCAAGUUAUCUUAAGUUUCCAUUGACCACCCAUUGAAAUGGGAAACAUUUUAAUCUACUUUUAUUCAUUUCUUAAACAACGAGCACCUUCUUUUGCAUCUUGAAGUUAAGCCGUCAAGCACAGUGAUAAUAACUGUGGGAAAGCAGUUCUUACAAAAGAAUCAGGGUAAAAAUUAUUAGACACAUCAGUACUUUAUGGUUCCUCAUUGUAACAUUUCCCUUAUGAACUAUUCUUACACUCCUCUUUCCUUGAUCUAGGCCAUAUUGUGCCAUUGUUUUAGGCAGAAUCCAACAAAGAUUUCUGCGUAACACUUGACAGCACAAUAUGUCCUGGCAUAUUUUCUCCCCUGCUCUUACCAAAAGAUAUUUAGACUUUAUUUAUAAUUAUUUGAGUGUACAGAAUUUUUCAUAAGUUAUACAGGAAAAGGCUCUUGAUUGUGUUAUAUAUGACAUAUUUGAAAACUAUGCAAUGUUUAACUAUAAAAAUGUAAAAAGGAACUACUGUAUAUUUUGUAAUAUAACUUUUCAAAUUGUUUGUAACUGUGUAUACUGCAUAUUAUGGAGGCUGUUGGCUCCAUCAAUAGGUUACGUAAAGAUUGUUAGCAAUGCAGAGAUAGAUUUCUUCAAGUAAAAACGAGGAACACCUACAUACCUUCAUAACAUGGCUUAAUGCACAAGGAUAAUGAACUCACCUUUUCUAAACAAUUUGAAUUUUCUGUAAUGAGGAAUUUUGGAAAAACAAAGUUUCUAAAAUACUUUUUUAAACUCAUAAAAACUGUAUCUUUUAACUGUUUUGAGGACAGCAUACGGCUUUGUACCUUGUCAUGAAUCUUCAUCUUGUCUGUCCUCGUGCAUUGAAUGUAAAAAUAAAGAGAAGUUUUAAAAAAAUAA